ACCGAUCCCCAAGAGCACAAUGGGAAAACGUUUUACUGGAGUUGAUGUGUGGUGUCCUGUAGCGUGUUCUCCCACGGCUCUGCUCUCCUCUCCUCGGGAAACCUGUCCUACUCGUCAGAAUCAAUGCGAAGCAGCAGCGAGGAGUGGGCUGGUGGUGUGCUGUCUGUAGCUUUCGAUUCUCUGGAGAACAAGGACUAAACUCCCUGUUACACUUUUCUUCUUACAUACCUCUUCUUCAGUGCGACGGGGAAGACGGACAACAUGAUUGGUUAUAUCUUCGUGGUUCUGUGUGGAUUGGCUGGCAGUGCGCUCGCAAAGGGUAAGGUGGAGAGUGUGCCUAAGGGGAAGUUCAGUGUUCCUGUUCUGGAUGUGAAGAGUCGACAGCUGGUCCUGGAGGCCAACCAGACUCUGACAAUCCACUGCAGGGGUCGGUGGGAGCUGUCGUGGGCAUUCCCUGGAGGUGUGGCCAGAGAUCAGGAUAGAAUGCGAUUGGAAGAUUCUCGUUGUGGUAGGCAGAGCCAGCAUUACUGCAGCCAACUGACGCUUAGCUCGGCCCAGGCCCAGCACACAGGAUCGUUCCGGUGUCGGUACAGUCAUCGGACGCUCAGGCAGAGAGCUGUCUAUGUCUAUGUCACAGACAGACAGCGGCCAUUUGUGGAGGAGCAGAAUAACAGUCCAGACGUUGUGUAUAUGAAGGAGAGCCAGCCUCUGGUCUUCCCCUGUAGGGUCACCAACCCUGACGCCACUGUCUCAUUGGUCAAGUUUCCUGACCAGGAGUUGACCCCAGACCAGAGGAACAUAGUGUGGAACAGCAGACAGGGCUUCCUCAUCCACAGCCCCACCUACUUCUACAUCGGCCUGUUCUCCUGCAAGACCUCUGUCAACGGGACCACGCACUCCCUCAAUUACCUCACACACAGACAAGUGAAUAAGAUCAUGAAGGUAUAUCUGAACAGUACCAGUCCAGUGCAGUCUCUACAGGGGGAGAGUCUGGCCAUCAACUGUACUGUCACUGCAGAGUGGAACAGCAGAGUGUCCAUCAGCUGGGACUACCCUGGACAGGCCAACAGGUCAGCCAUAGUCAGUAGGUGGAUCAUGGCCAGUAAAUUUCACAUGGUGUUCUACAGUAUUCUGUCCAUCCCCAAACUCCACCGCUCUGACAGAGGGCUUUAUAUCUGCCGAGUGACCAGUGGACCAGUCAGUCGAGAGACUAACGUAUCUGUCACAGUCUAUGACCGUCCCUUUAUCCGUCUGAAGCCCAGACAGGGGGCUGAAGUGGAGGCUCAUGCAGGACAGAAGUCAUACCGUCUCUCCCCCAAACUACGAGCCUUCCCUGCCCCCGAAGUCAUCUGGUUGAAGGAUGGGAAGGUAGCAGCGGAGGAGUGUUCCCGUUACCAUGUGGACGGGAAUUCCCUGGUGAUCCGUGAUGUGGCAGAGGAGGAUGCUGGGAAGUACACUAUCCUGGUUGGAAUCCAGGAACACAGACUCUACCAGAACCUAACGCUCUCUCUUGUGGUCAACGUGAGUCCUGGGAUAGGGGAGAAGGCAGUGUCAGUGCAGGACCCAGGUAGUGUUCCGCGGGGUAGCAGACAAGCCCUGCACUGCACCUCCCACGGAGUCCCCCCUCCUCACAUCACAUGGCUCUGGCACCCCUGCCCCUCCAAAGGCCUGUGUGUGUGUCCCCCGUCCUCCUCAAUGUGGAGCCCCGUAAAAGAGAGGGCCCCCGGCACUUCCACACACAACCACAUCCUGAGUGUCACACACAGACAAGAAGUCCUCCAGGGGAAGAAUAAGACCGUGGGGGUUUUGAUGGUUGCUGAGGCGUUUGUGUCCGGCGUGUAUCGCUGUAUUGCCUCUAGUUCUGUGGGCAAGGAUGAGCUGGACAUGCCUUUCUAUAUAACAGACGUCCCAGGAGGCUUCAGUGUGAGUCUGGAGGAUGAGCCAAGGGAGGGAGGAGACCUACACCUCACCUGCGUAGCCAAUAAGCACCUGUACACCAAUUUUUCAUGGCAACGGGUGACUGACCCAGCAGAGGCCACACCCCCGACCCCCUCCCUGGGUGGUGAACUGUCCUCAGGAGAGGCCACACCCCCGACCCCCUCCCUGGGUGGUGAACUGUCCUCAGCAGAGGCCACACCCCCGACCCCCUCCCUGGGUGGUGAACUGUCCUCAGCAGAGGCCACACCCCCGACCCCCUCCCUGGGUGGUGAACUGUCCUCAGCAGAGGCCACACCCCCGACCCCCUCCCUGGGUGGUGAACUGUCCUCAGGAGAGUUUUCUGACACUCUGAGUCUAUUGCUUAGCAACCUGACGGCGGGGGAUUCUGGAACCUACCGCUGCUCCGCCAAUCACCUGCUGACAGGACAGAACACACAUCUGGACACACAGGUGGACGUCACAGUCCUGGAGGCUCCGGUGCUGUUACAGAAUCUGUCUGACUGCAGCGUGAACAUCAGCAGCUCAGUGACACUCAGCUGCCACGCCCACGGAGUGCCACGCCCAUUCAUCACAUGGUACAAGGACCAACACACACUGCUUCAGGGAUCAGGUAUCGUCAUAGCACAAGGAGGCGAGAACCUCCACAUUGACCGAAUCACAGUGGAGGACCAGGGUCUGUACACCUGCCAGGCAACCAAUGAGAGAGGCUCUGCUGAGAGCUCUGCCUACAUCUGGGUUCACAACUCAUCAGGUGGCCUGUCUCUGGAGAUCCCUACUCUCACCUGUACCUGUCUGGUGGCCACUCUCUUCUGGCUGCUUCUCACUCUCUUCAUACGUAAACUCAAAAAGCCAAACUCUUCGAGUGCCAAGGCUGAGUACCUUUCAAUCAUCCUGGACCCAGGGGAGGGGCCUCUGGAGGAGCAGUGUGAUAGGCUACAGUACGACCCAGGCCAAUGGGAGUUCCCCAGAGACCGCCUCAAACUGGAGAAACCUCUGGGCCGUGGGGCCUUUGGGAAAGUCAUGCAGGCGUCUGCCUUUGGCAUCGAAAACUCUACAGGCUGCAGGACUGUGGCUGUCAAGAUGCUCAAGGAGGGGGCUACUCCCAGUGACCACAAGGCUCUGAUGACAGAACUGAAGAUCCUGAACCACAUCGGCCACCACCUGAAUGUGGUCAACCUGCUGGGAGCCUGCACCAAGGCAGGGCCUCUCAUGGUGAUAGUGGAGUACUGUAGGUAUGGAAACCUAUCCACCUACCUGAAGAGCAAGAGAGAUGUGUUCCUGCUCAACAAAGAUGGGAAGAAGAGGUGUUUCGAGGAGAGAGAGGGCACAGAGGAGAGGGGUGUCUCCAAGUCUCCUCUGUUCCUGGAGGAUCUCAUCUCCUUCAGUUUCCAGGUGUCUCGAGGCAUGGAGUUCCUCGCCUCUCGCAAGUGUAUCCACCGUGACCUGGCUGCCAGGAACAUUCUGCUGUCUGAGAACAAAGUGGUGAAGAUCUGUGACUUUGGUCUGGCCAGAGACCUCUACAAAGACCUGGACUAUGUCCGCAAGGGAGACGCAAGGCUGCCAUUGAAGUGGAUGUCCCCAGAGUCCAUAUUUGACAAGGUGUUCACGACCCAGAGUGACGUGUGGUCCUAUGGAGUUCUGCUCUGGGAGAUAUUCUCUCUGGGGGCCUCUCCGUACCCAGGCCUGAACAUAGAUGAGGAGUUCUGCCACCAACUAAAGGAGGGAACACGCAUGCGAUCCCCAGAGUACAGCACUCCAGAAAUUUACAGCACCAUGCUGGCAUGCUGGGAGGCUAACCCCUCAGACCGCCCCACCUUCACUGGCCUAGUGGAAACACUGGGAGACCUGCUGGAAGCACGGGUUCAACAGGAUGGGAAGGACUACAUUCCCCUGGGCACAUUCCUGUGUGGAGAGAGAGACCCAGACAGCAGCGUCCAGAGAGACUCCACAGAGAGCUCCCUGACUGACCUGCAUCCACACAGACUCAUCAGCCUAGGCUACAUGAACACCAGGAGCACAGCGACACUCAGGACCUUUGAGGAACUGCCCAGCAAGGACCUGCCUGGCCCGGACGAUGAGCAGGGAGACAGCGGGAUGGUUCUACCCUCUGAGGAACUCAAACGCCUCAAAUGGACCAGUGGCGCCAAGAGCCUCACAAGGUCCUUUACCAUCAGUACGUGCAGGGAGAACCUGGUGCCCUGCAUGUGUAAUGACAUCACUGGUCUCCAUGACGACGAGCCGCCUGUCCUCCCAUGCGACUGUGACUCCGAGGAGAGCUGUUCCCCUCCACCCGACUACAACUCUGCCUUCCUCUACCCCUCCCUCUGACAACUCUAUCAUAUCACACUUCUCCCUCUGGUUAGAACUGCCUUGGUUCCUCCCUCCCAGCACACCAUGUAAAACACUCACUUCUGUCUAUAGGCCAUAUUCCUACCUCUUCGUCACAGAUGAAUUAUUGAUGCAGUGCUUCAUUUCCCCACAACAUACUAUCAGACGUCUUCACGCCAAGGAUCUGUCUCUAUAAACAGAUUGUAUUUGAUGCUGUAGCUUCCUCAGGGGGACAGGAGUAGGGUGUGAAUGACUGAGGCCUGUGUAGGGUGCCACACCCACACCACAAACAGCAGCUAAAUCCAUGAUCGUGUUUUCACAUGCAGCAACACCACAUGUCCAUGUACCAUUCUAUUUAGUAUAGUUGCUUAUCUCUAUAUGGGUACGGACUAUAGAGCUCAGAGGAACCUCGGUUGCAUCCAGUGACCUGACCAUGAUGUUCCUACACGUGUAUGCUGGAAGAAUGUAUUCAUUAGAAAAGUGUUACCUAUUUAUUUACAAUAUGUUAACCUCAUGAAAUUGUGUCAAGGCAGGCAACUGCCGUCAGUGAUCAUGAAAACCAGUAUAUGUGUUAGACCAGUCGAUUCAGAGCUAUGGAGAAGUACUGUAUAACAUGUUUAAUAGCCACAGACGUUUGCCCUGACUGACACAAGUAUGUAUGUAUUCAAAACACAUCUAAAAAUGUUGAAGUAAAGAAGCGUUAUCACA